CCGAGCAGGACCACCGACCGUGCUCCUGCCGGAAACCGUUCUCCCGGAAUAUCGAUCAAAUAGCCUGAACCAAGUGAAAAACUACUCCGGGAACGAACAGGGGAGGAGAAGGGAGGAGAGAGAGAGAGAGAGAGAACAUACAGAGUGCCGGUGGUGAAGAGAAGACAAAAAGAAAGAGACACGGCGAGAGAAUCCCGACGUCACCUCAGGAUACACGAAAGGAGGCGCAGCUGAAUCGCGCGGUUAAAUCGACGCAAGUGUGGCGGUCAUUAGAGUCGCGGACGGGUGGCUGCGGUCGCCCAGGUAGUUAGAGGACCACUCGGUGCCGGUUGCCGCCAGUAAGGUUGCCAUCGGUGACGACGAAGACGAAGACGACGAAGACGAGGACGAGGAGGAGGACGGCGGUGGUGGUGGCGGAGGAGGAGGAGGAGGCGGCGGCGGAAGAGACGGUGAAACCGGUGAAGGAGGUAGUGCCAAUAGUGUCGAUAGUGGUAUUAGUGGUGGUAUCGAAAGUGUUUACGGUGGUUGUGGUGUCGGUGGUGGUAUCGGCUGCUGUGGUGACGACGGCGACGGGUGCGAAGUGCGACGAAGAGGACGGGAUUAAGGACGCGGAGAGGAGGAGGUGGUGGUGGUGGAGGAGAAGAAGUUGCGCCAGGAAGUCGUUUCACCCUCUUCGUGGCGACGGGGCCGUUACCUGGCCGCGCUGUUUAGCAGCAGCUGGUGAGAGAGGAAGUGCGUGAGGGUGGCAUUUGUAAAGGCAACGUGUAGCAAGAUGGGCUGUGCCAUGUCCGCGGAAGAGCGGGCCGCUCUGGCUCGCAGCAAGCAGAUCGAGAAGAAUCUUAAGGAGGAUGGUAUCCAGGCAGCCAAGGACAUCAAGCUCCUGCUGCUCGGAGCGGGCGAAUCCGGCAAGAGUACGAUCGUGAAACAAAUGAAAAUUAUCCACGAGAGCGGCUUCACGCCGGAAGACUUCAAGCAGUACAGACCCGUCGUAUACAGUAACACGAUACAAUCUCUAGUCGCUAUUCUCAGAGCAAUGCCUAAUCUAGGCAUCAGCUUUUCAACCAACGAGCGAGAGACGGACGCGAAAAUGGUAUUCGAUGUAAUUCAAAGAAUGGAAGACACGGAACCCUUUAGCGAAGAAUUGCUGGCGGCUAUGAAAAGGCUGUGGUCCGAUAAUGGAGUGCAGGAGUGCUUUGGCAGGAGCAAUGAGUAUCAGUUGAACGACUCCGCGAAAUACUUCCUGGAUGACUUGGAUCGAUUAGGAGCGAAGGAGUACCAGCCAACGGAACAGGAUAUCCUCAGAACCCGAGUGAAAACGACGGGCAUUGUAGAAGUUCACUUCUCAUUCAAAAACCUCAAUUUCAAAUUAUUUGAUGUGGGUGGUCAGAGGAGCGAGCGUAAGAAAUGGAUACACUGCUUCGAGGAUGUAACCGCAAUUAUUUUCUGUGUGGCAAUGUCCGAAUACGAUCAGGUCUUGCACGAGGACGAAACGACGAACCGAAUGCAGGAGAGCUUAAAGCUAUUCGACUCGAUUUGCAACAACAAGUGGUUUACCGACACCUCGAUUAUCCUCUUCCUGAACAAAAAGGAUCUCUUCGAGGAGAAAAUCCGCAAGUCUCCUCUUACAAUCUGCUUUCCCGAAUACGCUGGUGCGCAGGAAUACAGCGAAGCGGCUGCAUACAUCCAGGCACAGUUCGAAGCGAAGAACAAGUCGACCACGAAGGAGAUUUACUGCCACAUGACCUGUGCCACCGACACGAACAACAUUCAAUUUGUGUUCGACGCGGUCACAGACGUCAUUAUCGCCAAUAAUCUGCGCGGCUGCGGUCUCUACUAGGUUAAUUCUGUAUUCUACGUUAAGCGCAAACGGAGGAGGAAAACGCUACCUACGAUAUGGCUGGCCGGACGGUAAUUCUUCAAUGGGUUCGUGGCUCGUCUCGGCUCCAUUCCGACACGAGAAAGAGAGCGCGAAAGAGAGAAAAGAGAGAGAAGGACGAUCCCUUUCAUUAUCAACGCUGUGCAGAACGUAGCGGAACGUUUAGUUUGUUCUUGUUUUAUGCUGACGAAUCCGAGAAGCCGACGUUGUCAAUCGUUCGUGAUGUCAGCCGGAGAAACGGUACGCUCCUUGGCGAAGGCAGCGGAGAAAGAACGAUCGAUUAUGGGCGGAGAACGCGAUGCUCUAAGAACGAGAUGGCGGGCCAUCGUUGGCUCCGAUCCUCGGACGGAGCAAAUGUCGUUUUCACGAGGAACGAGACCGAAACGAUCGAAGGUGGUUUCGCGGGUGAUGUCACGAUCUUGGUGUACGUGUCGGAGGAAUGAAACUUAAUAACUUUUUGCCUCUCCGAGAACGCGUUUUUCUUCUUCGGCGAGAACCGCCGUGUUGCAGUUCGCGUGCGAAUCGAUCGUCGACACGACCGAUGAAAACGCUGGUCCUGUACAAAAUUAAAGGAGUCGCGAAUCGAUCGGACCGGUCGAUCGAAAUCAGUCGUCGAUGUUGAGGACCGUCGAGGCAUGAGAGCAUUUUUGUACCGCGAUCUUUGGCUUCAUUCUCGUUUCGCUAGAAACGCUCGAGCAUUCCAUGACGCUCCUACGCAGAGAAGGAGAGGAAGAGUCAUGUGUGUCGUGCGCGCCGCGCACACGAGUCGAAAAAAACCUUUUCCCACAACUUUCGCACACAGAUUUUACUAAGCGCACUCGGAGUUCCGUUUAUAUAUACAUAUACACGUUCAUAUAUUCUCUUACGUCUCUCCUUUCAUCGAGGAAAACAGAUCCGCACGCGAUCGAACGUAUCUCUCAAGAGAGAGCCGAGAGUGUUUUCCAGAUUUGCAUUUUGAUAAACAGAGGAGCGGCUGAAGAGGCCACGCGACAAAUUUUGUAACGUAUGAGAGCCACGGUAUCGACGUCGCGAAAUGUCUCCAUAGCUCGGUUGAUUACAUUUCUCUCAGCGUAACGUUAGAUCUUUCUAUUUUUACUUUACGUCAUUUCUAUGCCAUGCAAUUACCACGCAGUUAAUAUGACGACCACGCACACGAGGUAUUCCUAGGCACGGGAACAUUACAGCCACAAAUGUCGAUCCAUACGCACAUCGACACACACGCAUAAUUAUUUUUCACGUUUUUGGAGAAACUUGUAUUCCCUUCGUUAACGAUUGCCGCGGAGCAUCAUGUACAGUAUACUUUUAUCGUCGCGCACAUACACGAAUUCCAAAAUAUAUAUAGAACGUGUCGACCCUUGAAAUCCUCGCGACUUUGAAUCACUCGUUCGCUUUGCGAAAUUUCCUGAUAGGAUAUAUUAGGGAGAUGAAAAAAGGAAAAAAAAAAAAAGAAAAAGGUUAUUCGCAGUUUCUAUAACGCACGAGAUAAUUCGCAAAUUAUCCUACUCGUGGACACCGAGGAAAAACAAAAUUUUGCGAAAUAACGAGACUUCUUACGGCUGAAAAUGAUCGUCGACAUGUUACUGACAGUGAUUCAAGAUUCUUACGUGGACGCAUUUCGUGCGUUCGAGAGCAGGGACACACGUACGCACGUACCUAUGCGUGUACAAUUUCUGGGACGUCCCGCGCACAGGCGCGCGCGUAAAAACAGCCGCGGCGCGAUUUCCUGGCGGGAGUCCUGAGAGUGUAUUUUUCUAAGUGCUUCGUUUUCUUCCUUUUCGUUUUUCUUUUCCUACGGGGGUGUACCGACAAUACUGGCGAUUCGGUUCAGGAAGGGAGGAAGGGAGGGCGAGGGAAAGUGUGUACGAGAGCAUGCAUACAUGGGACCUCACACUUUAGGCGCGUGUACCAGCACGUGUGUAACGCGUUCCGGGUCAGGCAAGUAAGAAUCUCGUUGCGCACAAUCGUAUUGUACACGGCGCUAUCUCGCAUAAGUUAUAUUUUAUUACACGAGACCAUUGAGGGGAGGAGAGAGGAGGGAGGGAGAUACGGGCGAGAGAGAAAACGAGCCAUCGAUGAACACAGCAUCGUCACGUUUCGAUAUUUGGAUCGUUUUGCGCAAGGAAAGGGCGAGGGUGAGGGGAUAACGAAGAUAGCCGCAAUCUAAAAAAGAAUAAAUGCGUAGAGUCAGAAGUGGCAGAAACGAUCGUUCGAAGUGCCAUUAGAUUCCGUUAGGAAAAAUCGCGAAGGCGAUAAGGUGGUAGAAUUAUCUUUAUAGAUAAAAUGAAUUUUCGAAUGACAGAUGGAGGAGGAGAUGGAAUCUGUCACUGUUCGAUUUGCGAAGAUCCUUAGACUUCUUCACGUCUAACUUCGUCAGCAGAAUUAUGACGCGUUCUUUUUCAUCUUUGAAGUCCCUGUCUGCUCGUCGUUCCUAUUCCAUGCGACUUUCCUUGGCGCGUUUCGCCUUUCGGAUCAGUCAGUCUUCGCGAUCGCGAUUCAUCAUCAAGAUUGCGAGCCCGUUUUGUCGUCGAAUAAUGUAAUAUAAGUACAAAGAAGGAGGAAAACGAGGAGAACUGACGAAAGAAACGGACAGGAAACGCAUAAUAUAACGAGAAUUAACUUUGGGUGUUUGAAACGAGACAUUCGAAAAUAUCGGGCGUUUACAUACUUGUGCUUGUCUGAUAAAGAAGGAUGUUUUAAAGUGGACGUUUUAAAUGCUUGAAUGAUGCAGAUGUUUAAAAGACAUUUCUAAAAUAAAUUUUUAGAUAUCUUUCAGAUCUCGGGAUGGAGUUUGGAUAUUUUCUUCGUAAUGCUUUGUAUUAUUUUCUGGUAUCAUUCGCGAUACGCACGGAUCACGUAUCACCUUUAUAUAUAUAUAUAUAUAUGCAACGAGAUGUUGAUGCUCUAAAAAUAAGUCUCGAGUGGCAGCAAUGCUACUCAUUAGCGAUUUUAAAUCACUUGAUUUUUCAUCUCUUCAAACGUCGGACGAGCAUGAAUAUCGAUCUCGAUGUUUCCGAGCUUCCGUUGUGAGUAAUCGAUGGCAUCGUUAGCGAGGCGGGUGAUCUCGUGCUUUGUGACUUGUAAGUACUUUAGGGAUUAAAGUAUUUAUACGGAAACCAUCAAGAGGAAUUAUGUGAGAAGUCUUUCAAACGAAACGUACCAAAUAGCGCAUGCAAAUGCGCAUGAUUUAAUUUUUAGUCUAAUUACACACAGGUGUCGAGGAAACUCUAUUAAGAGAGCAAGUUGGACGCGAUAGGAGUUGACACUACGCUCGUUGUCGCGAGAUAUGGAGGAUUUGAUUAGUCAUGAGUAUCAGUUUCUACCUUUUAAAAUGGCAUAAAAAGAUUCUUCAAUACGAUUUGUUCUUAUCCUAAAUUCCUCACUGGAUCUAAAUAUAUAAACCAAUCGUAUUAAAAAAAUCUUACGACCGUUGCGAUUGCUCGAGUGAUUUCUUAUCUCGUCUAACGAGAGCCAAUAUUCAUUCCGGGAUGCUGUUCAAUUUGUCCUCGAAUCAACUUGACAUUUAGCGAAUAUUCGCGGUACAAUGUAAAUUGAAGUGCGUGGAGAUCAUCGUUUCUCGGCUCUAGUCAAUUUGUUGAAAAGCUUAUCGACGACACAGAGAGAAAAAAA